AUGCGUGAGAUAUCUACUCGGAAAAGAAAGUUAGCUCGAGAAGCUUGCCAACAAGUAUCUAUGGAAGCACCAGAGAAUCUUCCAAAACUUCUGAACCAGUUCAGGGAGAACCUGUCCGAUAUAUUGACUCCAGAUCAUACAGAUGCUGUUCUUUUAAAAUGGCUUAGAGCAAGAAACUACGACUUGGAGAAAGCUGAGCGAAACUUUCGAGAGGUGGAUACAAACAGGAAAAUUUUUGAAAUCAACACGCUGUUGGAGACCUAUGUAAAACCUGAGGUGGUGGAGAAGUACGAAAGGACGGCUUGUCUGGGCUUUGCAAAAGAUGGUACGCCUGUUCGAUACUGUGGAUUUGCUGACUUCAGAGGUUUUAUCAUGGCAAUGUCAAGCUACGACAUGUGCUUAUUUUUCUCCUAUUACAUGGAGAUGGACUAUGCCACUUUGAGGCAAGAAAACAAAAAAAACGGAGGAAAUUUGCACGAAAUGACCUAUAUUUUCGACAUGGAAGAUUUCAGUUUACAGGAUUGUGUACAUAAAUGUGUCAUCGAAACAGGGAUGGAUUUCAUGCGCUUGGUUCAAGAUCACUAUCCUGAGGCAUGGAAGCAUGUUUUAAUAGUGAAUGCACCCGGUUAUUUCUACAGAGCUUUUAAUUUUCUGAAACCAAUCUUCCGACCAACUCUUCUGGAAAAGAUUCAAGUUAUUUCCAAACAUCAAACUAAGGAAGUCCUGUUGAAGUACAUUGAUGAAGACGUUCUUCCCGCCUUUUUGGGAGGUAAAAGAGUCGAUUCGAAUGGAGAUCCCAGAUGCGGCGAAUUGUUUCCAGCAAUGAAACACACUUAUUUCAAGAUACCAUCGGAGUAUUACAUCAACAACCGAAUCACACCACUAUCCCGGGAAGAUCCAGGGGUGACAUGUGUCACCGUGGGGGCAAGAUCUGUCCUGAACGUCUCACUUCGAUGCAGCCAAGCAAGUACCAAGUACCGUUUUCAUUAUCGAUCAGAAGGAGGGAGCCUUUCCGUCACAAUCUUUUACAGGGAAGACCUGUAA